GAGAACAGUUUGGAAAAAAAAAAAUAGUCGUAGGAGAUGGAAAUGGAUUGUACGCCGAGAUGGAAAUGGAUUGUACGCCUGUCCCGAGCAGAAAAAAGAAGGAUCUGGAACCACACCCUUUUGGUGUGAGGGUGGAGGAAGGAAGAUCUAGUGAUAUUUCCAUCUGAAAUGAAGAACGAUAAGGAGGGAUGGGAAAAUAAACCGUUCGAGGCAAGAAACGUGCCCGCCCCAACCCAUCUCCAUGUCCAUAGAUGAUCACCAGCAAAUAGAUAGAGAGACUUAGGGCAUCUGAGGAGAGGGGUUACGGGGACGAGAAAAUCCAGAGCUAUUCAGAAUAAGUUGAGGUUCUGUUUCCCAGGGGAGUUUCUUGGGGUGCCAGAUUUCUGAUCUUCAUCCUUUCCUAGGCUCGAAUCAAACUCCACUGGACCCUGGAGAACACCCUGUAUCUCCUAAAUCCACCAAGUUUAUGAUGGACAGCACCUACCUGAUCUCUCCCGACGAAGGGGAGAACACCACCCUGCACGGGGUGACUGCAGGCAACCACAGUUUGGGAGAACUGAACUGGAAGGAGUUGGAAGAGCUGUUCUUCCUUUUCGCCAAGGAGCCUGUGACCAUCAGCCUCACAGCACUCUACCUGCUCUCUUUUUCCGUUGGGUUAGCUGGCAACACCGCUUCGCUAUGGUUUCUGCUGUCUGGGGAGAGGCGCAGGGCUGGACGCUCCGGGACAGCUCCGGAAGGUCCCAGUCCCACUCGCCGCCUGCUAGCCAACCUAGCGGUGUGUGAUCUACUGGUGGUGUGCAUCUGCAUGCCUAUGACCGUGGGCAACUUGCUCUACAAAGCCUGGGUCUUCGGGGACUUCCUGUGCCGCGCUGCACCCUUCGUGCAAGCGCUAACGGUGGCCGCCAGCGCCCUGAGCCUCACCGCCAUCAGUCUGCACCGAUACUACGGCGUCCGGCGGCCUCUGCGAGCCCGAGCUUUUUGCACCCGCGGCCGCGCCCUCGCCACAAUCCUCUCGGUCUGGGUAGUGUCGGCGGCUAUCUGUCUGCCCUUGGCCUUUGCCAACCGGCGGGAUGAGAUCCGGCUGGAGAAGGGACUGCCGCUGGCCUUCCCCAUCUGUCGCGAGGUGUGGCCUAGGGCGCUGCUGAAGCAGGUCUAUAGUUGCGUCCUCUUUGGAUUGCUCUACUGCCUGCCUGUGAUCUUCAACCUGGCCUUGGGCUGGCUGACAGUGAAGAGACUCCAAGAUCCCCCUGGAGCCUGGGCUCGACGCCCCAGGGAGGGUUCGGAGCCCUGGCCAGAGCCACCGGCCCUGCCGGCUUCGAGGCUAAAGGUGAGGCAGCGAGUGGCCCACAUGGUAAUUGCUCUGGUGGCUCUGUUCGCUGUAACCUGGCUGCCAAUCUACCUGCUGGACAUCUGGAUCGAUUUCCACAUGCCGGAUUUGUCCCCCGAGAAGCCUACUGCACCCUGGGUUCUGCAGCUCAGGCCUUUUGCCCAGUGGCUGGGCCUCACCAACUCCAGCCUGAAUCCAUUCUGCUACUGCUUCGUGGGGAACCUGGCCCGCACGGCCCGCCAGGUGAGGCACCAGUACCGCAAGAGACUCAGCUCCCUGUUCCGACCUUCGAUCUCAGAGGGAACUCCCUUGAGGGAAGGGGGUAGAGAGGCAGCAGGCAGGGAUACAGCUCCCUCCCCCGGGUUUUCCCAGCAAGAGGCUACUGGGGGAAUGAAGGAGCAAGUUCCCUUUUGACAGUUCCCCCUUCCUACCAAAACCCUUAGACUAGAAGAGAGAGUGAGGCUGCUGAUCUUGGGGAGUUCUCGACUCUGCCUGGAGAUGACAUGGAGGGGAGCUACCCUCAAGGUUUUACCCUCUCCA